AUAUCUCGCUCUAGACUAGAUUUGUUGUUUUUCAACUCUCCGGUAAGUCCUGACUAAACUGAAAACACUAAGCAGCAGCUUAUAAUUCAGGCCGCCGCAUAACUGUAUAACAGAGAACUGUAAGGAAUGUGUAUUGAAGAAAAAAGUGUUAUCAAGUGAAUGAUUUAUUUAAAAAAAGGAGAAAUGGGAGCAUUAUGUAGCGGCGGCGGCGGCCUCUCACGCGACACAUUGGAUCGUUUCUCCGACCGUUGUCUCCGCUUCUUCCCAUGCCUUUCCGAUCCCGCUCGGAGAUCGACGUUUUGCUUGAGAAUAACGUUGGUGAUGCUGCACUUGAUCUACGUGGGGGUUCUAUUUAUCUUUGACAAAGAUUUGAUUCACAAAACUAAACAGGAGCCAUGGUAUACAAUUAUAUAUUUGCUGCUGUUUGCUGCUACACUGGCUCAAUAUUUCGUCACCUCAGGUUCUUCUCCAGGCUACGUUCUUGAUGCAAUGAGAGUUGUCAAUGAGGCCGAUAUAUCGCGUAAUAGGGCAUCAAUGACCUCAAAACAACCUGCUUCAAGCAAAAACGGCGAUGUAGUUGUUACAAUCGACGGGAACCAGUUAGGAAGGAAUCUCCUAGGCCGUGGUACAAUGGCUUGGACAAAGCUGGUGAUGGAUAUGUAUCCUAGUGGAACAUCUCUUAGAAGUGUGACUUGCACUUACUGUGAUGUUGUGCAGCCUCCACGAGCUAAACAUUGUCAUGAUUGUGACAAAUGUGUUCUACAGUUUGAUCAUCAUUGUGUUUGGCUUGGCACAUGCAUAGGACAGGGUAAUCAUUGCCGUUUUUGGUGGUACAUUUGCGGAGAAACAGCCUUAUCCCUUUGGACUGGCACGUUAUAUAUUAAAUUCUUGAAGUCUGACAUAUCAAAGCCUUGGUGGUUAUAUGCAAUUAUGAUCUUGCUGCUAGUUACUCUGUUUUUCUGCCUCAUCUUUCUUCUCCUCCUCUUACUUUUUCACAGCUACCUAAUUUUAACAAAUCAGACAACUUAUGAGCUUGUGAGACGACGACGCAUCCAAUACCUGAGGAACAUUCCCGAAAGAGUCUAUCCAUUUAGUAAAGGAGCAUGCAGAAAUUUGUAUGAGUUUUGUUUUGCCCAAAGUAGCAAAUAUAGGAUGGAACCGCUUCCCACAGCACAAGAACUUGAAGAGAAGCUAAGGCCCUAUACAUGCUCAGAUGUUUUAUCCUGUCGGUGUUGUUGUUAAUCACUUCUGUUGUAUCCUAUUAUUUUAGUUUUCCCCUAGAUUGUACACUUGUGAAAGGAUUUACGAUAACCAUUUGUUUGUACUAUCAACUUCAUUACAUUAUUGAGAUAUCCAAUUCAGGAGGCAUUUCUACGUGAUUUCA